AUGUCGACAACUGAUAUACCCAACGGCCAUCGCAAGGUCAUUGUUAACACUGGAGCCAAGAAUGUCUCUUUCUACACCCCCAUCCAGGAUCCUCCCGCAGGAACACCAUGGGAUCCCCAGCCAGAAGGCAGUCUCUUCUCACCUCUCAAGCUCCGAAACCUCACCCUCCGCAACCGCAUCAUUGUGUCUCCUAUGUGCCAAUACUCCGCUAAGGAUGGCUACAUGACGCCCUGGCACAAGCAGCAUCUCGGCAGUUUUGCAGCCCGUGGUGCUUCACUCAUCAUUACCGAAGUCCACUCUGUCUCGCCCGAGGGCCGUAUCAGCCCCCAGGAUGCAGGAAUUUGGGAAGAUGGGCAGAUGGUGCCUUUGAAGGAGGUUGUCGAGUUCGUGCACAGUCAGAACAGCAAGAUCGCUAUCCAGAUGGGACAUGCUGGAAGAAAGGCCAGCACUGUCGUGCCCUGGCUUGAUCGAAAGGCUGUAGCCGUCAAGGAGGCCGACGGCUGGCCAGACGAAGUUGUUGCACCGAGCGCCAUUCCUUUCAGUCCGGAGACUUUGGUCCCCAAAGAGAUGACUACAGAGGACAUUGCGAAGUUCAAGCGGGACUGGGUUGCCGGCGUCAAGAGAGCACUCGUGGUUGGCUUUGACGCCAUUGAGAUUCACGCCGCCCACGGCUACCUUCUUAACUCUUUCCUCUCGCCAGCCUCCAACCAGCGAACGGAUGAAUAUGGCGGCUCUUUCGAGAACCGAACCCGUCUCCUCGUUGAAAUCGUCCAACUCACUCGCAAUAUCGUCCCUGCAGACUUCCCUCUGCUAGUUCGCAUGCCUGGCACUGACUAUCUUGACUUUGACCCCUCUUUGCCACAGUGGCAUAUCGAGGAAGCUGGCAAGCUAGGCAGAAUCCUGGCGGGCGAGGGUGUCGAUCUACUCGACAUCUCGGGCGGCGGCCUGGACAGCCGACAGAAGAUCACCGCCGGCCCCGGGUAUCAGGUCCCCUGGGCUGCGGCCGUGAAGAAGGCUGUUGAGGGAACAGAGAUCCAGGUGACUGCCGUGGGCAGCAUCACCUCCGGGAAGCAGGCUCAGGGGUAUCUCAGCGAUGGCUCUGUCGACGCUGUGCUGGUUGGCCGCGGGUUCCUCAAGGACCCCAACCUUGUGUGGCACUGGGCUGACGAGUUGGAUAUCGACAUUCAUGUCGCGGCUCAAUAUGGAUGGGGCUUUGGCAUGACCCGUACGCACCGACACAAGAGGCAUUGA